GCCGGAUCCCCUUAAACUACACUCUAGCUCCUCCCGCUAUCGGUUUUGGUUCUGGGGACGUGGCAUGGCAAAGCUUGCGGAGGAAAAGGGCAUGGCACCCCUUGAGGCAAGGAAAUGAGAAAACUGCCUUUGAUCCAAGCAGAGCAGGUCCAACAGUGGCAGAUCUGGUGGCCUUGGAGUGGCUGAAGACCACCACCCUCCACAGGGCUGAACUCAGGCACACAGCCAUCCUUCCCUUCCCUGAGUGAGCUUCCUCUGCACGUUGUUUAUAUCAUUGGCAGAGCCUAUAGUUGGAAAGGGGGGCUGAGUAACUACUGGACUUUGUAUGAAAACACCAACCUGGGACAGACCUUCAGUCAAGGCUGAGACGGGGGUGGGGAUACAUAAUGUGGUCUUGCCUUUAACUUGGAUCAUAACUGGCUCCAAGGUUAAGGCAGGGGCAGAGAAGGGUCUGGGGCUGGCCUGAAAUCUGAAAUCAGUGGCUCUGCCAACACUAGAGCCAAGGAUAAGAUCCAGGCCAAGGCAGAACUGCAAACAGGACCAAUGACCCAUGCCAAGGCUGGGGAUGCAGCAAUGGCCAGGACACAGUGACCUUCACUGAGACCAUGGCUAUGACAAGGGAAGUGAGCAAGAUGGAAGCUAUGACUGAGACUAGAGUCAUGACUGAGACUAAGGCAAAACCCCUGGAAGAACCUGGUAUAAUGCCCCAAACCAAGUUAAAGGCCAUGCCUAUGUCCAGAGUCAGUGCUGUGACCAAGUAUGAAGUCAAGGCUGUUGCUGGGAGUGAAGUCAAUAUUGGGUCCUUUGCUAAGGCUCAUGAUAAGGUUAAUAUUGGGUCCAGGUCCCAGAGAAGGAGAGAGGCCAGCAUCAAGUUCAGGGCUGGGGACAGAGCUGGUAUUGUAAUCAAGUCCAGUUAUGAGGAUGAAGAAAAUGUCUGCUCUUGGUUCUGGACUGGAGAGGAGCCUAGCGUAGGAUCCUGGUUCUGGCCUGAAGAAGAGACCCCUUUUCAAGUUUAUAAGCCUCCACCUAAGAUCCAGGAAACACCCAAGUCCACACCCAAACCUGAACUUACUAUAAAACAAAAAGCGGCAGCAUGGUCAAGGGCCAGGUAUAGUGUCCUAGUCCCAGUAGAGGGAGGGGAGCGAUCCUUGCCUCCAGAAGGGAAUUGGACUCUGGUUGAGACCUUGAUUGAGACUCCUCUGGGGAUUCGGCCACUGACCAAGAUCCCACCCUAUGAUGGGCCUUACUUCCAGACCUUAGCUGAGAUCAAAAAACAGGUUAGGUAUAGGGAAAAGUACGGGCCUAAUCCAAGAGCCUGCCGCUGCAAAUCACGUGACUUUAGUUUAGAGCCUAAAGAGUUUGAUGAACUUGUUGCCCUACUUAAACUAACUAGGGAUCCUUUCAUUCAUGAAAUAGCUACAAUGAUAAUGGGCAUCAGUCCUGCUUAUCCAUUCACCCAAGAUAUAAUUCAUGAUGUAGGUAUUACUGUUAUGAUUGAAAACUUGGUCAAUAAUCCCAAUGUUACGGAACACCCUAGAGCUUUAAAUGUGGAUGACAACUCUGAGUCUCCUGAACAACCAAAAACAGGAGAGUCAUACAUACAUCAAGUUUGUAAGGACAUAAUUUCUUAUCCCUUGAACUCCCCUAUGCAACUGGCUGGACUAAAAUUACUAGAGCACCUGAGUGUGAAAUUUGAGGAUCACCAUAUGAUUGCUAAUUACAUUCCAGAUUUCCUAACCUUGUUGAACAGGGGAAGUGUCAAAACCAAGUUUUAUGUUUUAAAAGUGUUUUUGCGCUUGUCUAAAAAUCAAGCCAAUACAAGAGAACUGAUCAGUGCCAAAGUACUAUCAUCAUUGGUUGCACCCUUUAGCAAGAAUGAAUCAAAGGCCAAUAUUCUUAAUAUAAUUGAAAUAUUUGAGAAUAUAAAUUUCCAAUUCAAAAAGAAGGUGAAGCUAUUUACCAAGGAACAGUUCACUAAAUCUGAACUUAUUUCCAUAUUCCAGGAAGCAAAAGAGUUUGGUCAGAAACUCCAAGACUUAGCAGAGCACAGUGAUCCUGAGAACUCCAAUAGCCUGGAAUUCCAGCUAUGGGUACUGCUUUCACAGUUGGGGAUCUUCACAGUACAAUUGGACCAGACCCUUUGGAAAUAUUCUGUUUCUCAAAUGUCCUAUGGAGCACACAAUCAGUUGAUUGCUAUGGAAUUUUCCAUCAGCUAAAGAAAAGGGUGUAUGCAGUCUGGCGCAGCCUUCUUUCCUGUUGCUCUUUCAGGAUUAGUUGUAUUAAUUAUAUUUUCAUACUGUAUGUCAUUUUAGGAGGGGGUCUCUGUCUCACCUCUCACACCACCAUCUUUUCAUUCACCAACUUUUAACGUUUUUAAGUAUUUUUUUACUGUGGUAAAAUACGUAACAAGAAGUUAUAAUUUUAAUGAUUUUUAAAUGUAGAAUUUAGUAACAUUAAUUGCAUUCACAGUGUUGUGCAGCCAUCACUACUAUUUACAAAACUUUUUCAUCACCCAAAAGAGAAACUGUAACCAUUAAGCAAUAAUUCCCCAUUAACCCCUUCCUGUCAGUCCAUAGCAAUCCCCAGUCUACUUUCUGUCUCUACAAAUAUGCCUACUCUAAAUAUUUCUUAUUAGUGGAAUCAUGCAAUGUUUGCCCUUUUGUGUCUGAUUUAUUUCACUUACCAUAAUGUUUUCAAAGUUCAUCUGUGUUGUGACAUGUAUCAUAGCUUAUUCCUUUUUUAUGGCUGAGUAAUAUUCUGGUCUGUGUGAAUACACCAUAUUUUGUUUACCCUUUCAUCUAUUGGUGUACAUUUGAGUUGUUUCCAC